UGGGUCUGCCCCUCACUCAGGGGUGGGUGAGGAUUCUGAUCUGGAUCCUCCCCGUGCUCAGGAGCGGGAGCCUCAUAAUUCAGGAGAGUUCUGGUGUGGAUUUGCCCUGUGCUCAGGAUCCCGAAAUUUGUGAGAGUCUUGCUGUGCACCUGCCCCACUCAAGCUGGGUGCCCAGAAAUGCUGUGGGUCGAUAUUCUUGACUUCUGUAAAGGGAGCUGAUAUUUUGUGCUCUAAAGAUUCUCCUGGAUGUUUUUGAAGCUUCUCCAAAGCUGUUUGUAGUUGUUUCAUCCUCACUAAUCCCAUCUGCUGGGACAGCACGGGGAUAGCCCAAAUUUUCCCAAUGUUGUGUGAAAUGGGUGAGCUCUGAGAGCUCCCUGAUCUCAGAGAACCCUCUCCCUGUGUCCUGCCGUGUUUGUUGUGCUUUGGGGGCUCCCCCCGUGCUCUGGGGGUGCUGCAGUGGCUCCAUGCGGCACUGGAGACGCAGGAGGUGGGCUGGAGUUGCCUCGGUAACGUUUGUGCUGCUGCAGGAAUGUUUUUGGUCCCUAAAUCAGGAAGACCAGCCCUGGAUUUGCAGGAGGAUGAGGGCUAUUCGGAGUCGCCAGACCUGGAGUUUGAAUAUGCAGACACGGAUAAAUGGACAGCAGAGCUGUCAGAGCUGUACAGCUACACAGAGGGACCAGAGUUCCUGCUCAACCGAAAAUGCUUCGAGGAGGACUUCAGGAUCCACAUGCGGGACAAGAAGUGGCCGGAGCUGGAGCGGACGCAGCACCGCACGCACGCCAUGCGCCUGCUGGACGGGCUGGAGGUCACGGCGCGCGAGAGGCGGCUGCGCGUGGCACGCGCCAUCCUCUACGUGGCACAAGGCACCUUCGGGGAGUGCAGCUCCGAGGCCGAGGUCCAGGCUUGGAUGAGGUACAACAUCUUCCUCCUGCUGGAGGUGGGAACGUUCAACGCCUUGGUGGAGCUGCUGAACAUGGAGAUUGACAACAGUGCAGCCUGUUCCAGUGCCGUGAGGAAACCGGCCAUUUCCCUGGCUGACAGCACCGACCUCAGGGUGCUGCUGAACAUCAUGUACCUGAUUGUGGAGACUGUGCGUCAGGAGGCCGAGGGGGACAAGCCUGAGUGGAAGAGCAUGAGGCAAACCUUCAGAGCAGAGCUGGGAGCCCCCCUGUACAACAACGAGCCCUUCUCUGUCAUGCUUUUUGGGAUGGUGACCAAAUUCUGCAGUGGCCAUGCUCCACACUUCCCCAUGAAGAAGGUGCUACUUCUGCUCUGGAAGACUGUGCUGUGCACCCUGGGAGGGUUUGAGGAGCUGCAGAGCAUGAAGGCAGAGAAGAGGGAGAUGCUGGGCCUGCCCCCCCUGCCCGAGGACAGCAUCCAGGUGAUCCGCAACAUGCGGGCGGCCUCCCCGCCCGCCUCCGCCUCCGACCUCAUCGAGCAGCAGCAGAAGCGCGGCCGGAGGGAGCACAAGGCCCUCAUUAAGCAGGAUAACCUCGAUGCCUUCAACGAGAGGGAUCCGUACAAAGCUGACGACUCCCGCGAGGAGGAAGAAGAAAAUGAUGAUGACAACAGCCUGGAGGGAGAGACCUUCCCCCUGGAACGGGAUGAAGUGAUGCCCCCCCCUACCCAGCACCCCCCCAGCGACCGCAUCACCUGCCCCAAAGGGCUGCCCUGGGCCCCCAAGGUCCGGGAGAAGGACAUUGAGAUGUUCCUGGAAUCCAGCCGCAGCAAAUUCAUCGGCUACACGCUGGGCAGUGACACCAACACCGUGGUGGGCUUGCCCAGGCCCAUCCAUGAGAGCAUCCGCACCCUGAAGCAGCACAAGUACACAUCCAUUGCUGAGGUGCAGGUGCACAUGGAAGAGGAGUUCCUGCGCUCCCCGCUCUCCGGAGGGGAAGAGGAAGUGGAGCAAGUCCCUGCAGAGAUCCUGUACCAGGGCCUGCUGCCCAGCUUGCCCCAGUACAUGAUUGCUCUGCUGAAGAUCCUCCUGGCUGCAGCCCCCACCUCCAAAGCCAAGACAGACUCCAUCAACAUCCUGGCAGAUGUCCUGCCCGAGGAGAUGCCGACCACUGUGCUGCAGAGCAUGAAGCUGGGUGUGGAUGUCAAUCGGCACAAGGAGAUCAUCGUCAAGGCCAUCUCUGCUGUGCUGCUGCUCCUGCUCAAACACUUCAAGCUCAACCACAUCUACCAGUUUGAGUACAUGGCCCAGCACCUGGUCUUUGCCAACUGCAUCCCGCUCAUCCUCAAGUUCUUCAACCAGAACAUCAUGUCCUACAUCACUGCCAAGAACAGCAUCUCCGUGCUGGACUACCCCUACUGUGUUGUGCAUGAGCUGCCAGAGCUGACGGCAGAGAGCCUGGAGGCUGGAGACAACAACCAGUUCUGCUGGCGGAACCUCUUCUCCUGCAUAAACCUCCUGCGCAUCCUGAACAAGCUGACCAAGUGGAAGCAUUCCCGCACCAUGAUGCUGGUGGUGUUCAAGUCGGCGCCGAUCCUGAAGCGGGCUCUGAAGGUGAAGCAGGCCAUGAUGCAGCUCUACGUGCUGAAGCUGCUCAAGGUGCAGACCAAGUACCUGGGCAGGCAGUGGAGGAAGAGCAACAUGAAAACCAUGUCAGCCAUUUACCAGAAAGUGCGGCACCGCCUCAACGACGACUGGGCCUACGGCAACGACCUGGAUGCCCGUCCCUGGGAUUUCCAGGCAGAGGAGUGUGCCCUGCGUGCCAGCAUCGAGCGCUUCAACUCGCGGCGCUACGACCGUGCCCACGGCAACCCCGACUUCGUGCCCGUGGACAACUGCCUGCAGAGCGUGCUGGGCCAGCGUGUGGAGCUGCCCGAGGAUUUCCAGGUCAACUACGACCUCUGGCUGGAGAGGGAGGUCUUCUCCAGGCCCAUCUCCUGGGAGGAGCUGCUGCAGUGAUGGACACAGGGAGGCAGGAUGGGUUGCUUGGAGAGCUCGAGGCUGACCUGCUGUCAGGGCAGGGCAGUGAGGUUUGGGGGGGUCUCUGGGUGGCUGUGCUGUUGUGGUGGGCUUGGGAAGAGGAUGGAGCUGGGGGGAUCCUCGCUGACACCACAUCCUGCCCCUCUGCCUCCUUCCAGGCUCAUCCCAAAGCUGGGGGUGCCCUGGGGGUUUCCUGUUUGGGGGGGAUCAAUGCCCACCCCAAUGUGAUGCUUUCAGAGGCACCGCCCUUCUCGUGCCCCCCAGCCAGGAAGGGGGAGCAGGUGGCAGUGUGGGAGUGGGGUCCUUGGGUGGGACGCCAGGCUGGCCCUGCCCAGCCCCUCUGGGGGGUUAGGGGGCCUGUGGGGGCUUGAGGGGCUGGGGUGGCCUCCCCUCACCCCACGAGGGGUGCAGGAGCUGUACAUAUAUUAUAUAUAUUUGGUGAUACCUCU